CGAUCCAAAACGAGAGAGAGAGAGAGAGAAUUGUCAACACGUUAAUCCUCUUAUAAACCCGAGAGUCAAACUCACAACAAACUGUUAUAUUCUCUGCAGAAACUCCCACAAAAACAAUUACAUCUCCUCCUCCCCAGUUUCCUCUUCUCUUCUUUUUUUUCUGGAUCAUCCUGAUUCUUCAGAUCAUCAUCAACUUGGAUCUCACGUCUCAGGUAGAAGAAGGAGAUGAAAAGAUUCGAGAGGCCAAGAACUUCAACUACCUCAAAGCCAAGAACCAGUUCCACUUUGGCAAAGAAAGAUCAGAAACAGCAGCCCACUAGCAAAGCCAAUGGAGUCAAACCAUUGAAUGCUGCUCAGCUUGUUUCAAGAGUUCUAGAUGCAACUGCUUCUGAUCCUUCUACACUCGCUCUAAACGAUUCAACAACUGGAUCCGAGUCUUCUGAAGUCUAUGAAAACCUGAACCUUCAUUACAUGGACGAUGCCAACGAGAAGCCAAGGAAUGAUGAGACUCUGAUGAUGGAUUACAAUGACGAAUCAGGUACCGAAACAAACAAUGAUGGUUCUGUCUCUUCUUCUCAAGGAGGUGAUCUGUUUUCCCCUGAAGAUAAGAAGAAGUCAGAAAGGCAAUCUAGGGUUCCCAAAAGCAGAAGCUCUCAGGAUAUAACACCCUUAGCAUCAAAGGGACGAACCAAUGCCGGUUCGGUUAGAUCUCGAUCCAACACCUUCCACGGCACUGCUAGAAAGACGGUGAGAUCCAGUAAGAGUCAGGCAAAAGCUUUGUCUGAUCUCUCCUCUUAUAGAAGCAGCUCCUCUUAUAGAAGCAGCUCUGAGAGUAAGAAGAGUUUCUCUCCUGAAGCGGUUGAUGACACUCCUUUUGAAGAUGCAAAAGAAGAUGACAAGUUUGAAGAUGCGUUGAAUAAUAACACAGAAAGUGACAAUGACAAUGAAGCACCUGUGGACAAGGAAGACAAAGGAAAUGAAGUCUUGACUCAAAAGAUUGGGACAUUGGAGUCUCGAAUAGAGGAACUUGAAGAAGAGCUGAGAGAGGUGGCUACUCUUGAGAUGUCGCUCUACUCUGUGUUUCCAGAGCAUGGGAGCUCGGAACACGAGCUGCACAGACCUGCACGUGACCUUUCUAGACUCUACGCACUUGCUAGAAAGAAUCAGAGUGAAAACAAGUUGAUCUCAGUUGCCAAAAACAUUGCAUCUGGUCUUUACUUGGUGUUGAAGUCAUGUGGAAGCGAUGUAUCAAGGUUAACUUUCUGGUUGUCCAACACUGUCAUGUUGAGAGAGAUUAUUUCAUAUGAGUUUGGUGGCACAAAUCUAAAUGGAUCAAACUGGCUUGAAGAAGAUUGGACAGAUGCUAGAACUCUGAUAGGUGCACUAAGAAGAGUUGAAUCAUGUUUAUUCACAAAAACUGUUGGUUCCAUAUGGUCACAGGUAAUGAUGGUUCAUAUGAAACCUCAAGGAGUAGGCUCCACAAAGUGUGAAAUGAUGGGGAAUUUUUCAGAGCCAGCAACAUGUGACAGGUUACAAGAGAGCUUUUCUGUAAACCUAUGGAGAAAAGCUUUUGAGGAGGCUCUUCAACGGCUGUGUCCUGUUCAAGAAGCAUGUGGUUGUUUACAUGUGUUGACAAGAAUGGUUAUGGAGCAAUGCAUAGCAAGACUUGAUGUGGCUAUGUUCAAUGCCAUUCUCCGUGAGUCGGCUCAUCAGAUACCAACUGAUCCUGACUCUGAUCCCAUUUGUGACCCAAGAGUUCUCCCAAUUCCAGCAGGCGUUUUGAGCUUUGAAUCUGGCGUUAAACUAAAAAACACGGUUGGAUACUGGUCAAGAUUACUUACAGACAUCUUUGAGAUCGAUGAUGAUCAUUCUGCGGAAAGAGGAGAUGAGACAUUUAAACCCUUCCACUUGCUUAAUGAAUUGAGUGAUCUCCUUAUGCUACCAAAAGAAAUGCUUGUAGACAGUUCCACCAGAGAUGAGGUCUGCCCAUCAAUUGGUUUGAGUUUGAUAAAAAGGAUAUUAUGCAACUUCACACCAGAUGAGUUCUGCCCAUACCCUGUCCCAGGAAGUGUUCUUGAGGAGCUCAACAUGCAGAGCAUAACUGAGAGUAGAAGCUCAUCAGGAGGAGAGGCAACUAGAAACUUUCCUAGACAAGUCGAUCCGGUUCAGUACUAUCUUCCAACUAGUGCACAGUUGACAGAUAUGGUUGCAGAGUUCAGUGACAACCUUAAGGUUUCCAUGAUACAAAACAUAGUAUACAACAACAACAACAAUGAAGAGACAGAAACAUCAAGAUCUCCUCCAUACUACAAAAUCAUCAAAGGAGUUGAAGAAAAGGACAACCUUAGUUUCUCUCCCACUAACGAAAGAUACAGACUCCUUGGAGAAAUCUAAAACCAAAAGCUCAUCAUAAGAUGUACAUUCACACACACACACAC